UAGUGUAUAUAUACGUUAAAAUAGCUGAGUAAUAGAGCCAACAGAUUAGUAACUAGCUAGACCUAGUUAUUAUCAAGGUACGUUGUUAAUUAGUAUUGCGUUGCACUUGGUAACCUAUGGAAGGAAUCGUAUGUGUACGGAAAGGUGCAUGGAGUGGAGUGGAAGAUGACCUUCUUAGGGCAUGUGUGAGACAAUAUGGAGAAGGAAAAUGGCACUUGGUGCCUACAAGAGCGGGCUUGAACAGGUGCCGUAAGAGCUGCAGACUGAGGUGGUUGAAUUAUCUAAAACCAAAUAUCAAGAGGGGAGAUUUCGCUGAAGACGAAGUUGAUAUGUUGCUAAGGUUGCAUAAACUUUUGGGAAACAGAUGGUCCCUGAUUGCCGGAAGACUUCCCGGAAGAACACCAAAUGAUGUAAAAAACUACUGGAACACCUACAUUCGCAGGAGAGCAUGCUCUCAUAAGGUGGUAAGCAAUGAAAAGGAAGAGGAAAUAGUGAAACCUCACGAGGUGAUAAGGCCUCGGGCUCGAACUAUCUCAAGAGCUUCACCCUGGUUGAGAGGGACAAGUGUUGUUAGAGAAGGUGCUGAAAGUGGGGUCAAACAGAGUUCAACUCAAGCAUGUGGUGAGGCUUCAUUAUCAGAGUACAAUAAUUGGUGGAAAACUAUGAUGGAUGAUGAUGAUAAGGGGGGCAACAUAGAGAACAGCCAAGAUGGGUUUGGGAGGCUCAUGGAAGACAUUAAUAAUUGUCAAGAGAAUCUUACUUCGUUGACCUCACAAGGUGGAGAUUUUCCUAUAGAAGGUCAAAAUUGGAGUGAUUUUCUUCUCGACACAAAUUUGUGGGAUUUCUGAUUUUGUUGUUAAAUUACUUUUAUGCCCCUUAUUAUAUUUACAUUAUUCAACUUAGUCUCUAUAUUAUUAAAUAAAAAAUUCAAUUUAGUAU